AUGAAAUUCGCGUACAAGUUUUCCAACCUGCUGGGCGCCGUCUAUCGCCAGGGAAAUCUGAAUUUCUCCACCGACGGCAACGCUGUGAUCAGUCCGGUGGGAAACCGAAUCUCAGUUUUCAACCUGAAAAACAACACAUCAGAGACGUUACCUGUUUCUACAACCAAGAACAUCACCUGCGUCGGCGUCUCUCCUGAUGGCAGCUUGGCGAUUGUGGUGGACGAAGACGGCGCAGCGCUGCUGGUCAGCCUCGUCACCAGAGCCGUCCUGCAUCACUUCCACUUCCACAAACCCGUCAGCAGCGUCCGCUUCUCGCCCGACGGCAGGAAGUUCGUCGUGACGAAGGAAAACGUGGCGCUGAUGUACCACGCUCCGGGGAAGCGGCGGGAGUUCAAUGCCUUUGUUCUGGACAAAAGCUACUACGGUCCGUACGAUGAGACCACCUGCAUCGACUGGACCGACGACUCCAAGUGUUUCGUGGUCGGAAGCAAAGACAUGUCCACGUGGGUUUUUGGUGCCGAGCGCUGGGCCAACCUGAUCUACUACUCCCUGGGGGGACACAAAGACGUGGUGGUGGGGUGCUUCUUCGAGAAGGAUAGCUUGGAUCUCUACACCGUCAGCCAGGACGGGACGCUGUGCGUCUGGGAGAGCGACACCGACCUCGACGGCCUGGUUCUGAAGAAAAAGGGCGCCGACGGCGGCGUCAGGAACGAGGACGACGAGGAAGAGCGGGUGGAGGGGGAGGAGGGAGAGGUCAUCAGAGGGAAGGCCGAUAUGCCCGAGGAUGACAAGAAGAUAAAAAACGUUCGAUUCAAGCAAGCUAGCAAACACUUUUUCAACAAAGACGGAGAUUUCAACAACCUGACCGCCGCUGCAUUUCACAAGCAGACCCACAUCUUGGUCACUGGGUUCGCCUCGGGCGUUUUCCACCUCCACGAACUCCCAGAAUUCAACUUGGUCCACUCUCUCAGUAUUUCCCAGCAGAGGAUCGCGUCGGUGGCCGUCAACGCCUCCGGCGACUGGAUCGCCUUCGGGUGCUCGCGGAUGGGCCAGCUUCUAGUGUGGGAGUGGCAGAGUGAGUCGUACGUCUUCAAGCAGCAAGGCCACUUCAACAACAUGGCGGCGCUGGCGUACUCGCCGGACGGGCAGUACAUCGUGACGGGCGGGGACGACAGCAAAGUGAAGGCUUGGAACACCAGCAGCGGCCUGUGCUUCGUCACGUUCACCGAGCACACCAGCAGCGUCACCAGCGUGGCCUUCACCGCCAGCGGCUUCGUCAUCGUCAGCGCCUCGCUGGACGGCACCGUCCGGGCCUUCGACCUGCACAGGUACCGCAACUUCAGGACCUUCACGUCUCCUCGCCCGGCGCAGUUCUCCUCCCUGGCUGUAGAUGUCAGCGGCGAGCUGGUGAGCGCCGGAGCCCAGGACUCCUUCGAGAUCUUUCUGUGGUCCAUGCAGACUGGCCGUCUGCUGGAGGUCCUCGGGGGACACGAGGGCCCAGUCAGCGGCCUGUGCUUCAGCCCGGUUCAGUCCAUUCUGGCCAGCUCCUCGUGGGACCGCACAGUGCGGUUGUGGGACAUGAUGGACAGCUGGCAGGUCAAGGAGACGCUGGCCCUCACUUCUGAUGGGCUGGCGGUGACCUAUCGACCCGACGGGCAGGAGUUGGCUGUUGCCACUCUGAACGGUGAGAUCAUGUUCUGGAACCCCAACACCGCCACGCAAACCGGCUCCAUCUCUGGACGCCACGACCUAGAAGUGGGGCGCAAAGACACAGAUAAGGUCACAGCCAAGCAGCUCGCCAAGGGCAAGUCCUUCACGUCGGUGUGCUACUCUGCGGACGGGGAGUCCGUCCUGGCUGGAGGACAGUCCAAGUUCGUCUGCAUUUACAACGUCAGGGAGCAGAUGCUCAUGAAGAAGUUUGAGAUCUCCUGCAACCUGUCGUUUGAUGCCAUGGAGGAGUUCCUAGAUAGGCGGAAGAUGACAGAGUUCGGCAGCUUGGCUCUGGUGGACGAAGGACCCGGGGACGGAGAUGGGGUCAACAUUAGCCUGCCAGGAGUCAGGAGAGGUGACAUGAGUUCCCGUCACUUCAAGCCGGAGAUCAGAGUCAGCUCACUGAGAUUCUCUCCUACUGGUCGUAGUUGGGCGGCCACCACCACCGAGGGCCUGCUGGUCUACUCCCUUGACGGAUCGAUGGUUUUUGACCCGUAUGACCUCGACCUGGACGUGACGCCGGCCAGCAUUCGCAAGCAGCUGCGCCUGCAGGAGUGGACAUCGGCCAUCGUCCUGGCGUUCCGGCUGAACGAAAGCGCCCUGAAGCAGGAGGCGCUGGAGACUGUACCUCACGAACAGAUCCCGUUGGUUUGCAGAUCCCUGCCGGACAUCUACGUGGAAAAGCUGCUGGGAUUUUUGGCCACAUGUUUGGAAAAGUCCAGCCAUUUGCAGUUUUACAUGACCUGGGCCCAAAACCUACUCAUGCUGCACGGACAGAAACUGAAGAAUCGGUCGGGCUCCAUUCUGGCCACGCUGCAGUCACUGCAGAAGAGCAUUCAGAGGCACUUUGACAAUCUGUCCAAACUGUGCGACUUCAACAUGUACAGCAUCCGCUACGCUGCUGCCUUGUCCAAACAGAGAGGGAUGAAGAGGCCAGCGGCACAGGAGGACGAGGAAGAUGAAGGACCGUCAGAGGAGAUGAGCCAAGCCUCUUUGGAUGACGAUGACAUGAGGCUUUAGCCGCUUGAAAGUCUCUUAGAAGCAACAUUUUAUAAUAAUAGAAUCUUGUUUUGUACCUCUUUUAAAAAUAAAUGUAUAUAUGUGGUGUUAAAAA